AUGGUGGUUUGUUGGUUUCUGGGAUUAGGAUCCCUUGUCUCAUGGAACAGUAUGCUGACAAUAGGAGAUUACUACUAUAAUUUGUUCCCAGAUUACCAUCCUGCACGGGUCCUCACUCUGGUUUAUCAACCAUUUGCGGUUGGAACAAUGGCAUUACUCGCAUACAACGAGGCAAAGAUUGAUACAAGGAAAAGGAACUUGAUGGGUUAUACUCUUUUCUUUUUAAGCACUUUGGGACUUCUUCUUUUGGACCUAGGCACAUCAGGGAAAGGGGGAGUAGGAAAUUAUAUUGGCAUUUGUGUUUUCGUUGCUGCUUUUGGAGUAGCAGAUGCUCAUGUUCAAGGUGGAAUGGUCGGAGAUCUAUCUUUCAUGCUUCCUGAAUUUGUCCAGUCAUUCUUUGCUGGUUUAGCUGCAUCAGGGGCUCUCACUUCUGGCUUACGCAUGAUAACAAAAGCUGCUUUUGAUAAGUCUAGUAAUGGCCUCCGUAAAGGAACUAUGUUGUUUCUCGCCAUCUCCACAUUCUUUGAAUUUCUAUGUAUUUUCUUAUACGCGUUUGUCUUCGCCAAGCUACCAAUUGUGAAGUACUAUCGCACAAAAGCAGCUUCAGAAGGAUCAAAAACAGUUUCUGCUGACCUAGCUGCUGCUGGCAUCAAUACUGAAGAAACUGCAACUGCUGACAUUGCUAAACAUGAGAGGCUGAGCAACAAACAAAUUUUAUUUCAGAAUCUUGAUUAUGCAUUGGACCUCUACCUUAUAUAUGUUCUAACAUUAUCAAUUUUUCCUGGGUUCUUAUUCGAAAACACGGGAACCCACCAGUUGGGCUCUUGGUAUCCAGUUGUCUUGAUAGCAAUGUACAACGUGUUGGAUCUUAUAGGACGAUACACUCCACUUAUAAAAAGUAUCAAGUUAGAAUCCCGAAAGGGCCUAUUGAUAGCGUCAUUAUCGCGUUUCUUGCUCAUUCCUGCAUUCUACUUCACCGCAAAGUAUGGUGAUCAGGGAUAUAUGAUACUGCUUGUAUCGUUCUUAGGACUAACAAAUGGCCACCUCACUGUCUGUGUUCUCACAGCAGCUCCUAAAGGUUAUACGGCUCCGGAGCAGAAUGCAUUGGGUAAUUUGCUAGUACUAUUUCUUCUUGGUGGCAUUUUUUCGGGUGUUGCUCUAGAUUGGUUGUGGAUUAUUGGUAAUGGAAAGUUUUAA